AUGCUGGCCACGCGGAAGAAGCCGGUCGACGGCUACCUCCUCAAACAGUCGGUGCCCAAGCCCUCCUCGUCCUCGUCCUCGUCCAAGAAGGCCAAGCACCAGGAGCAGGCCGGCCUCUUCAGGAAGCUCUUUUUCUCGCUGGACCGCGAUGCCGGAGUACUUCUAUACUACACCUCCCAGCAGGAACACGCCAACGCCUCUUCUUCUGCCGCUUCAUCUUCGUCCUCCGGUGGUCCCGAGGGCUCCAUCCCACUACUCGACAUCGAGUUCGUGGAGGAGCUGGCCAAGGAGCGGCCGGCGAGGGAGCUGUUGCUGCAGGCAGAGCCGACGAAGAAGGACAAGAAGGACAAGUCGGGCGAGCACGGCGCUGCCAGCGAAGAGCCGCUACCGAGGAAUGCCUGGCAGUGGCCCUUCGUCAUCCACACCACGAGCCUGGGCACCCACCUCAUCCUCGCGCCCACCGCAGAGGUCAGGGACAACUGGGUCGUCAACUUGGAGGAAGCGAUUGCCGAGACCAAGCUGCGGGCGAGGAAGAGUAAAUCCAAGAGCCAGAGGCUGGACGACCCAAAUGGAAGGUUACGGUCGGAGUCGGAGGUGCAGGCGGACUUCCUCGACAUUCUCGUGUUCGACUCCUACGUGCACGAAUUGCGCAAGAAGGAGAAGACGCCCGAGGAGGCCGCUGAGUCCGUCAGCCCGCGCAACGCGACCUACCACUCCAUGCCCCCUCUGUCGCCGCUCAACCUGAAACCGCCGCCCAAGGUCCCUUCGCCGACAUCGUCGCGUAGCCCGCGUUACGGCGACAUCAACAGCCCGAGGCCGCCCUCCGAAGCGGCCCAGGCGCAGCGACCCGAGGCCGAGCGGUUGACCCAGAGCCAAAGUUCGCACCAGAGAGCUUUGGCAAGGCCGAGCGCGCCGCCAGCGACCAAGGAAAGCCACGGCGAAGGCGGGGGCGAGACGGGGAGCGAGAUUGGGAGUCCCGGCGCCAAGCGAAAGGGUUCGCGUUCGCAGACGGUGUGGCGCAAGGAGGAGCGGAAGGGCAAUGCGGGCGCCCUCGGCGGCGGUACCGACACUCCGCCCAAGCGAAGGAUCGGCGUGCGGGAACGGGUCGACAGCAAUAAUAGCAGCAGCGUCGACGCCGAGACGAGCGGCACGCGGCCGAUACGCAAGACGACCAGCGAGGAGACUGUCAUGACGGCCAAGUCGUCGCUGGCCGCCCAACAUCAAGAAGAAACAACGAAAGCGACACCGACGCCGACGACGGUGGAGCCAAAGAGCGAAAACGAAGGCGAAAGCGACGCCGAAACAGCGAAGGAUAGGGCUCAGGUGCCGAAGCGGCUGUCGGCGGGGAAGCGGAUGUAUCACACGGAGGAGCAUGCGGAGGGCGGAGGCGGCUCCGGGUUCGGGCUCAGCCUGCAUCGACGCAACCUGAGCAUGGACUUCCAGACCAUCGUGCAGGCCUCGGCCGCCGAAGCUGCCGCAACUGCCGAAAACGAAAACGAGAUCCAGAAAAAGAACGAAGACGAGAUGACGCUAAAGGGCGAAGCGAAGAACAACACGGAAAAGAGCGAAGAGUCGCCGCCGCAGCAGCAGCAGAGAGUGGAUGAACCAGUGCAGCUUCGCGAGAACGUGGCGCGACGGCUCGCGCACGCCAAGGCGAAGCUGAGCCGGGAGGCGGCCGACGACGACUCCUCCGAGUCUUCCGAGUCCGAGUCCGCCGCGGCCGACUCUGAGUUCGUCGAGCAGAUGCACUUCAUGCAGCGACGGCUCUCCGUCAUCUACAAGCGGAUGAACGAUAUGGAGGGCGACUUCUUCGCGCAACAGCAACCACCGCACACGACCGAGCCACACACCGAGCCGUUGAACGAAUCGUCGUCGCCCGACAGGCCGCGCAAGACCCGGAAGAAGCAGCUGGCGAGCAACAACACGGCGACCGCGACGCUGCUGAGGAAGGAGGACCAGCAGGCCGUGCGGAAGGACCAGGAGAUGCUGCAGGCGGUGGUGCGGCGCGAGGCCGUGUGCCGGCGUCUCCACAAGCUUGUCGACAAUCCGAUGGACCACGACGUGCAAUUCCUCAUUUCGCGCGACACCUCCACCCGGCGGAUCAUCUACGGGCAUCGGGCCAUCAUUCGAACGCGAAGUUCGUUCUUUGACAAGCUGUUCACCCAGACGUCGGCCUCGGGAAUGGAUCCCAAGGGGCCGUACGUGAUUCCGGAGACGACGCGGGAGGCCUUCAUCGAGGUCCUGUCCUACCUCUACUCCGGCAACAUGAGCCUCACCGUAGACAACGUUCAGGACGUCUACAAAGCGGCCGCAACCCUUCGGAUGAAGGAGAUGAAGGCCGCGUGUCGCCAGUUCGCCUCCCGCAACGCGGUCACCCUCCCACCGCGCCCCACAUCGUCACCGUACCACGUGGCCAAGCGACAGAGCGUGAUGGACCUGUUCAAGAAUGUCAACUUCGAGGAAGCGCGGGCCGCCGCUUUGGCCUCGUGCCCCCAGCAUGAGCCGCAAGGCGUGUCUGCUGUCGCAUCCACGCCCGCACCGGCGCCGGCGGCCAACACCACCGACGACGGUGCCGGCGGCGAAGACUCGCCCAAGUCGGGCGGCAAGUCGCGGUCGAAGCGCAUGUCGCAGGGGCUGGCCCGAGUCAAGAGCGUGCUCAGCAUCGUCUCGCCGCGCAGCUCACAGCUGGUGGCCAGCCAGGGCGACGACCAGCCCUCAACCCCGACGAGCAGCGUGGAAGACGAACGCGAGGGAAAGAACGAAAACGAGAGCGAAAGCGAAGGUGGCAGCGCCGAGGAGGACAAGCUUAGAACGUCGGGCGGGCUCAAGGGCAGCUUCUUCUCGCGAUCGGGCAACCACUCCAAAACCAAGCGUACCACCAAGGACAGCUGA